CGCAAAAGGUUUCAUGGAAUGGGUGGUAAAACCGCAGAAUGGAACUUUCCGCUGGGAAUGCAUCUUUCUUCCUGAUAAUGGUGCAUUUUUUGUCAAUUACAUCAUUACUUCAGCACUUAUUGGCACAACAUUGGAACUGAUUCGUUUUCCUGAACUGUUCAUGUACAUAGUACGAAUGGCACUUUCCAGAUCUGAGGCAGAAACUGCCAGUGUUCGCCGAGCGAUUCUUUAUGAGUUCCCAUUUGGUGUGCAGUAUGCGUGGAUGCUUCUUAUUUUUGCCAUGACAAUCAUUUAUUCAAUAUCAUGUCCACUCAUAACCCCAUUUGGUACUUUGUAUAUGAUCCUGAAACAUCUAGUUGAUAAGUACAACAUCUUCUUUGCAUAUGGACCAUCAAGAAUAAACAAAAACAUUCAUACCACAGCCAUUAACUUUGUGGUUGUGUCCAUUGUAUGUUUACAGCUGAGUUUACUAUUCUUCUCCGUUGUACGACAGGGUCUUAAUAAGGAUAUAACAAUAUAUAGCAUCAUUCUGUUUUGUAUAACUUGCCUUGUGUUCAUAACCCACAAUGCAUUUCAUUGGUUUAAAGACUUCAGUCCAGUAGAGUAUAAGGAAUUUUCUAAUGGAAAUGGAGGUGGUGACAACAACUCAAUCCAUGAGAGUGACAUUACGACGACUGAGGUUGCAUGUCAGUUUGUUCCGUCGGUAUUACGAGACGCGCCUUCAGGUGUAGAAUCCAGUUAUAAUUACAAUGGUUUGCGAACGUAUGGAACGCAACCGCCAGAAGAAAAUGGACAUGCCUCAAAUAGCCCUUUAAGGAGUAGUGGAGGGAGUCCAAGACCGAAACAUACAGGAGAGCAACCAGACCUUUAUCAAGAUUAUUCUCCGCCUAAGCACCUUGAUGGCCUUGUUUAAAUGAGUCUUUCAGAAUAACUAGAAAAGGUAAACUUCUACAACAGGACUGAGGUUGUAUGAUAGCUGCUUGCUGAUUUGGCAGAUCUAAAAGCAGACUUUACCAGGUGAAAGUGUAGUUAUAUUUAGGAAGCAGACUUUGAACAGUUGAUAUUUUUUGUGGUUUAUUGGAGUAUUGUAAAUGUUCUGUUUGCAUCCUAAAAUAUCACGUUUCUUAAAUAUAAAAUGCAAUUAUAUUUUACAGUCAGGCUCUCGCUGCAUCAUAUAUCUUUUAAUGUUUUUUUUGCUGUACAUACUAUGAGUGUUUAUUCACAGAAUUAUAAAUAUGUAGCCUGGUAAUUGUCUGUUGCUUGUGUGUAUGGAAUUUUAGAAAAUGUACUGCAAAGAUACCAAUUACAGUACAAUAUAACGUCCAAGGGAAUAAUUACAUACACAUUAUCCUAAUUGAGUUCUACCAUAAAAAAGCAGAAUACAUUAAGUCUAAAAUCCU